AUGUCAAUCACCAACCAGGACUUGGCUUUAGCCAUCAUCAAGUUUUUGGAAACAAGCGUUUCCGACAAAACUGUCAACGAAGAAUUUGCCGAAUCUAUUGACGUGGCCAUUGACUGCAUUGCCGAUGCUUUCGAAGUGAACAAGGCAAAUGCCAGCACUAUUUCUGCUAAGUUUGGUGGCAAAUCCUUGCUUGACGCUGUAAAUGGCUCAGGUGUUUCGGCUACGGCACCCAAAGCUGCUGAGGUUGAUGCAGAGACGAAGGCAAAGGCUGAUGCUUUGAAGGCCGAAGGUAACAAGGCCAUGGCUGCCAGAGACUUCUCUACUGCUAUCUCCAAGUACACAGAGGCCAUUUCUUUGGAUUCUACUAAUGCAGUGUAUUUGUCUAACAGAGCUGCUGCUUACUCUUCUGCCUCGGAGCAUGAAAAAGCAGUAACUGAUGCCAAAGCUGCUCUUGAAUUGGACCCAAAGUUUGCCAAGGCUUACUCGAGAUUGGGCUUGGCCCAGUAUGCUUUGGGCAAUGCGAAGGAAUCCAUGGAGGCCUACAAGAAGGGCUUGGAUGUCGAAGGCUCGUCUCCUUCAGAUGCUAUGAAGAGAGGUUAUGAAACGGCGAAGAAGAGAGUUGAAGAAGAGUUGGAAAGCUCGAUUUCUACCCAGGACUCAGAGAAGGCACGUUCUGCCGACGCAGGCUCUGGGGCUGGUGCUGGUGCUGGCGCCGGAGGUCUUCCUGAUUUCUCGUCCAUGUUUGGCGGUGGCGGAAUGCCAAACUUCGCUGAGAUGAUGAACAACCCACAAUUAAUGGAGGCUGCUCAGAACUUGAUGAGUAACCCAUCUGCUUUACAGGGUUUGAUGAACAACCCUGCUGUGCGCCAAAUGGCCGAAAGUAUGGGUGGCCAAGGUGGACUUGACAACUUGAUGAACAACCCUAUGCUUCAAAACAUGGCGAAACAGUUCAUGGGUGGCGACGCAAAAAAGGAUUCUAGCGAGUAG